AUGCCGUACUUCUUCCGGCUAGAGACCACAACAGCGCCUCUAUUCCCUCACUGGGUCGCCACGAACCCACCGGAACUCCCUCCCCAGCUUCUGCCGUCUACCGGAAGUGUAAGCGUCAUUGGGGCUGAGAAGCCUACGGCCCGUGAUCUUGCGGUGCCUGCUGGGAUUCGUAGUUCCCAAAAGAUCUCCUCCUUCUCUAAGAGAUCGGCGAUGUAUACACUCCUGUCAGGGCUUUAUAAAUACAUGUUCCGGAGAGAUGAAUACUGCAUUCUAAUCCUGGGACUGGACAAUGCUGGAAAGACGACUUUCCUGGAGCAAACGAAAACCAGAUUUAACAGAAACUACAAAGGGAUGAGUUUAUCCAAGAUCACCACUACAGUGGGCCUGAAUAUUGGUACUAUUGAUGUGGGCAAAGCUCGCCUUAUGUUCUGGGAUUUAGGAGGGCAAGAGGAAUUGCAGUCUCUCUGGGACAAGUACUAUGCUGAGUCCCAUGGGGUCAUAUAUGUCAUUGAUUCUACCGAUGAGGAGCGACUCUCAGAGACCAAGAGAGCAUUUGAGAAAAUGAUCACCAGCGAAGCCCUGGAGGGAGUCCCUAUCUUGGUCCUGGCCAAUAAGCAGGAUGUAGAGACCUGCUUAUCCAUUCCUGACAUCAAGACUGCAUUCAGUGACUGCAUUAAUAAAAUAGGAAAAAGAGACUGCCUGACACAGGCUUGCUCAGCUCUUACAGGCAAAGGGGUGAAUGAGGGCAUCGAGUGGAUGGUGAAGUGUGUCGUGAGGAAUAUCCACCGCCCCCCACGGCAGAAGGACAUCACGUAAGGCUGGGGCGGCACCGCUGCUGUGCUUGGACAGCUGACCCCAGCGCAGAUUCCACCUACCCUCCUUGUCCAGGGAACAGGGCCAGGACCUUGCCAUCGAUUGGAUUCUUUUCAUUUGGAUUUUUUAUUUUGUUUUUGUUUUUCCUAAGACAAACUUUUAUCUCCAUCCAGAAAAAAAAAGUCAUCUUGAGGAUUCUACCUGGGGGUUGGAGAGGGGAAACGGGAGGGUGUUGGGGGAGAGUUUCUCUAUGACUGAACACAAGACCCUCCUGAAUGGGGAAUGGUAGGACCAACAUCUCACCUGGGUGCACAGGAACUAUUGGGUGUCAUGAGUGACUUUACCCAUACCAUCAUGAGGUGUGGCCACAAAAUCCUCAGUUGCUCAGGGGAGCUGGUGGAGUAUUUUUGGUUAAUGACCUAAAUUUAGUCCUUCAUCUCUUAAGACCAAACAUGAAAAACUGGCUCAGGCUAGUCCCUGGUGUGAGUAUUGAUGACAGCCAUGUAAGGUAGUGGUUCUCAUCUGCCCUGAAGCUCUAGGUUUCUUGGGUUUAUUUGGCUGAGUUCUGGCUGGAGCAGCUACCCUUUGGCUCUAAAUCCUUUUGUUUUCUAAUAACUUCCCCAUUGUCCCUUUUCUGGGGGUAAUGCCCUGCACUUGGUUCCCCAGCCUCUCACAGGAUGACAGGCGGCUAACAUUGCCAUCAAGAGUAGGCAGAGGUAAACUCGUGGCAAAGCUUUUGCUGCCCAGAGCAGCUGCACUAGGUGAUAUGUAAAAAAGACGAGCUCCAAGGAAAAGGUUGGAUACUUUGAGCCAAAAUAGUUCCAUUGACACUUCUUUGCAGCUGCUUCUCCAGCAGACACCGCCUGUUCAUCUCUGACAGCAUUCGACUCUAAAUCCUGCUUUGGCUUCUGGGGCCCCAGCCCUGGGGUCCAGAAUAGGUAGUUGAAAUAACUUGUUCAGACCUGGCCCAGGCCCAGGCUCAUAAGCCAUAAGUGGUUGAGGGGUUUUCCAAGAGUUGUGGGUGUUAUUGAAGAGCAACCUUAGCUGUUUGCAUGUAGAAAUCAGCUCCAGAUAAUCCAGGUCAUUGGCCAAAUUGCAGUGUUGCCUACAGCAGAGGCAAUGAGAGAUAGGAAAUCCUUCCUGGAGUUUUGUAGAUACCUUAGCUUUCCAUCCAGGCUAGCUGACUGACCUUGAGUGUCUGUCACAAUUUAUCUUUCUAAGACCUGAAGCAGCUGAAGAUCAGUAGUGCCAACCAGAAUCAGCCUAGGUUGGCCAGCCUCCCUAUCUUCCUAUUGUUACUGCUUUUCUCAUUCUGAGGGUUUUGACUUUCUUCUAGAGGAUAGUGUGAUCCCCUACAGCCUCUUAUAAGAGGGCUUGGGCAGCUAGCUGGUGGCAUAAGAGCUGAUCACUUAUGGAUCCACUUGCCCAAAAUUUGUAUUGUUAACGGUGACAGAACCACAAAGCUACCCUUCUCUCACACUUCCAGGCCCAAUUGAGAAGCCAAACACUUGGGUGUCACUCUUAGAAUGCCUGCAGGGAAGUGGAAGGGUGGCAGGUACUUAGGGGGACAUUUUUCUUCCUUCUCAGGCUAGACUCAUGUGGCACCUUGAUUAGAAAAGAUGAACAAGUAGUGUAAUGCUAUUGGUAGCCUUUAUUGCAGCUGAUUUUAGCCUCCCAAAAAGGGGCAAAAAGAGGGCUAAUAUACGAAAGCCAAGGCCAGGGGGAUAUAGGCUCUUGCUUCCUACUUUGUGGGGUGUCUGUCUGCCUCUGUAGCCUGCAUGCUAAGUUGUGCCUUAGUAUUAUGCCCCGGGUCAAUUUCAGGCAAUGUUCUCUCAUAAUUUUUUCUGGUACAUGGAGACCAUUUAUAGGAUAAAGUAAAGGGGUGGGCAGUGACCUAUUAUAGUCAGUCUUUCCAGCAUAUGGCCUUGGCCACAGUGGACCUGUUGGGCAACCUGCAAGCUACAGGCAUGAAGUAUGUCUGAAUAUGGGCCAAUUCAAACCCCACUCUACUGUCCAUUACCCACUAGGGGCUCUUUCUCUUGUGGUUUACUUCCUUUAGAAUCUAGUGCAAGAUAAACACAUCUCUAAGCCUCAGUCUAUAUGCUCCUUUACUUUUAAUUUAGAAAAGUUAGUGUAAAGAGUCAGGAAGAAGCAGAACUUUACCUGCUUCCCUACCCUUUCAGUUUGAGGAUUUUGAACUGAACAUUUCCUUCCAGUCCUGAUGCUAAUUGAGUGAUUGAUGUAGCUUGAACUGAGUCAGAGGAAAAGAAACAUGGUUCUGAGAUCCUCUGAUAUCCCUUCGUGAUCCUGGACAAAUUCCCUCUGAUAGAAGGUUUCUCUGUCAUAGAGGGGGUUAAGAUCUGUCCCAGAGAGAGCCAGUUAUCUGUUACUUCUUUGCAGAUUGGUGGUGAGAGAGUUAAUGUUUACUGAGAGCUUUGAGAUCCUGAGUGGGGAGAAAGCUUCCCAAAUUGAAAGUAAGCACACUCCAAAAAUCAAAGUAGGAUUUGUUCUUUUAUCUUUCCUUUGAGGGAGGAGUUUGACAUACUUCAUGUUUGUCUUUAGGUCAUGUUUGCCCCUGCAGGAACAUCAUGUUCUUCAUGUUACAUGGUAACAAGAGAAUAUGUUUGUGCAGAAAUCCCCUUUAUAAAUAGAUCUGGCAGUGUUAAAUGUGCUACCUUUCUUCUUUCUCGGACAGUAAGCCCUGGGUGAGUUGGGAGGGAAUGGGAUAGAAAAUGUUCUGUGGGGCUCUGGUCCAUCAGAAAGAAGGAAGGCCAACUGUUCAGUUGAGGUUAGAGAUAUCUGUGAAGCACUCCAUCUGCUCCAUCCUCCAAACUCUAGAUUCUGCUACUCCAGAGAAGAUCCAGAGGAUUCCUAUAGAUUUGACUCCUAGUCCAGUAGCAGUAUGGCUCAGCAGCUUCAGCUAAAUGUGUAUUAAAAGAGCAUCAUUAUUAGAGUGAGGUUUAGGAUCAGGCUUCAGAGUUAGGACCUGUCAAGGUCAGAGGAAAAUGCUUCUCACUUGUUUGCUUUGGCCAAAGAGAUGACAGUUUGAGGCCUGUCCUGGAGCAUCGCUGGGCAAAAACUCUAUAUCGUCCUUCUACCAAAAGUCUAAAUAUCCAUGUUUCCCAUCUCCUUGCUUAGGUGAAAUGAGACUUGUGACUCAGUGGAGAAGCCUCUAAUUUGGCUAUUAACUGAGGACUUUAUAGUUUUCCACCAAACAUCUUAGGAUUUUUCUCCUCCUUGCCACUUAUCCCAUCCCACUCCUUUAUUCUUGGAUCGAUCCAAACCAAGUAGCAACUCCAUAGCAUAAACAUCCUCUCUUCCUUUGGAAAUUCCAGCCUAGCCUUUGCAGCUGUUGGGUUGGAACUUUCUAUCCCCUGUUUUGGUCUUGUUCUAAUUUAUAAAAGCUUGGACCCUUAUAGAGUAGCUGAUGGAGCCUCUUUGCCCUGAGGCCCUCACAACCUUAAUUUCUUUUUCAUAGUCCCCCAGACAACUAACUACCUUAGGCAAAAAUUGAAAAAAUAUUAUAACCUUAGUAACUCUUGCGGACUUGGCUCUUUCACACAGCAGCGCCUCUCGGUGUAGGGAUUGAGGGAUCGGUGACAGUUCCCACUUUGCCGAUAUCCAUUCCCCAGCAGUAUUCAGCAGAGGUUUGGCUGGAUGCUUAUUUGUCCAGCUUUGUGCUUAAAUGCUUGUGGUCACAGAGCCAUGUUCUCCCUGCCCACUGACGCCUUCAUCUUGACCGCUAAGCCGGCGGGGGUCUGGCUGCUGAUGGCAGGGGCUCGAGGCCACCCCUCUCAAGGGGCAUCAAUUGUCUUUAACCCCCAGUGGUUCUCUGUGUUUGGAAAAAUAAACAUGUGAUGAGGAA